UGCCGUCGGUGGAGAACUCUACAAGGCGUGGACUCGUCAUUUCCACGUCUGCUGCCGUCUUCAUCAGAAGGGUGUGGUUAAAAUGGCUGAUUCCGACGAAAUAGCAGCUCUGGUCAUUGACAAUGGAUCUGGGAUGUGUAAAGCUGGGUUUGGAGGGGACGAUGCCCCACGGAGCGUGUUCCCCUCUAUCAUUGGGAGGCCCCGACACCAGGGUGUAAUGAUCGGAAUGGGACAAAAAGACAGCUAUGUCGGAGAGGAGGCGCAAUCUAAACGAGGCAUCCUCACCCUCAAGUACCCCAUAGAACACGGCAUCGUCACCAACUGGGACGACAUGGAGAAAGUCUGGCACCACACCUUCUACAAUGAGCUGAGGGUGGCGCCCGAGGAACACCCCGUCCUUCUGACCGAGGCCCCAAUGAAUCCGAAAGCGAACCGGGAGAAGAUGUUACAGAUCAUGUUCGAAACCUUCAACACCCCUGCAUUUUAUGUAGCCAUUCAGGCUGUCCUUUCGUUGUAUGCCUCGGGAAGGACGACCGGAAUUGUCUUAGAUUCGGGAGAUGGCGUCACCCAUACGGUGCCCAUAUAUGAAGGCUACGCCCUGCCACACGCGAUCAUCAGAAUCGAUCUCGCUGGCCGAGAUUUGACCGACUACUUGAUGAAGAUUAUGACCGAGAGAGGUUACUCGUUCACAACUACCGCCGAACGGGAAAUUGUCCGGGAUAUCAAGGAGAAGCUGUGCUAUGUAGCACUGGACUUCGAUGACGACAUGACAAAGGCCGCCACCAGCUCUGUCCUUGAGAAGAACUAUGAGCUUCCAGAUGGCCAGGUCAUCACUAUUGGCAACGAACGUUUCCGGUGCCCUGAGGCGCUGUUUCAACCAUCCUUCGUCGGCAUGGAAACGACGGGUAUCCACGAGGCCACAUACGAUUCGAUCAUGAAGUGCGAUGUUGAUAUCAGGAAAGAUUUGUACUCCAACAUUGUUCUGUCUGGGGGAACCACCAUGUUUGCUGGGAUAGGAGAUCGAAUGAGCCACGAGAUAGCAAGCCUUGCCCCUCAAAAUAUCAAGGUCAAGGUUGUAGCUCCACCGGAACGAAAGUACUCUGUGUGGAUAGGCGGAUCAAUCUUAGCCUCUUUAUCAACCUUUCAACAGAUGUGGAUCAGCAAACAGGAAUACGACGAAAGCGGUCCAGGAAUAGUGCACAGAAAAUGUUUCUAGAGAAAUAUCUUUCAUUAAUAUCGUGCAAUGCAUAAAAUGCAAUUGUGUGUAUUUUUUUAUGUAAACCAAUGCGAUGCUCAACACACAGCACUUAAAAUAUCAAUUUAAAUUUGUCGUAACGUAAAUAUUUUUCAAUUAAUGUGCUUUUUUCAACAAAAUAAAGAUUUUAACUCUUUC